GUGGCGUGGCAGCUCCGCAGGCGUAUACAGUCAGCGGCCUGUCAGUGUGACGCUGUGGCAACGGACCCUUCGGAGGUUCCUCGCAGCCACGACCAGCCGGGCGGUCGGCCUCUCGUGGUGUGGUCCGCGUCCGCCCGAGCGAGGGGCGCAGGCCAGGCCGGCCUGACCGGGAACAACGCCCUGCUGCCACCGCCCGCUGGCGUCCUGCUCAUUCUUACAUGAGCCUUGAGGGCACGGAACCUGAAGCUCAGCAAGACAGCUGCUGAGGUGAACACAAAAGUGGAAGUGCCCCCCCCCCCCCCCACACCCUCUUAUGCAGCACAACAAAGCAACAGACCACGAAAACUGAACCACGUUUCUGCCGAGUCUCCAGCUCUGCGGAGCAGCACCGCACCUGUGGUCUAGAUCGGCCCUCGGAGCUUUGUGAUCUCAAGCCAGGGGAUGAGGCCCGACCCGUUGUGGGUGGCAGGGGUCGCCCUGAUGCUGUCCUGCUGUCUGCUGCCCCGGCCCGCGGCGGCGGAGAAGCGUCCCCUCCCGGAGUCGCUGAAGGAUCGUGACCUCUUCUGCGAGACCUGCUACGCCACCGUCUGCGAGAUGUACCGGCUGGUGAAGGAGAGCGCAGCCGACAGCCUGGAGCAGCGGAUAGACGGAGCACUGCAGCGUGUCUGCUCCGCCUCUCUGCUCGGCCGGUACGCCUUCCCCGCCGAUCUACUGGAGGCCAGCUGCCGCGAUCUCAUCGUUCGCUUCGAGAACGACCUGGGCCUGGGGCUGCUGGCCGCCUUUCAGCCGGGCAAGAAGCCGAGGAUCGCCGGCACCGUCAAGGACAUCUGCCUCACCAGAAUGAAAGCCUGUAAAAAGUCGCGGGGAAUCCCCAGCCUGCGCAAGCUGAACGAGACGGCGACAGCCCAGAAGGUGUCCGCUGGAGUCGCCCCUGAGACGGACGCCCCGCCCAGAUCAGCCCCUGGAGACGCCUCUGAGCGGGCAGCGCACGGGGCAGAGCAGGACGCACCAGUCGCUGGCCAGCCGGCGACAACGGCGGACGCCAACACAGACACCCAGAGAGACGAGCUGUGAAGUGGCCGCGGCGCUGAAAUGUGUCAAGAGCCGAUGCAUUGCUUCAAAUUCACAGAGCAGAAGAUCCAUAUAGCGACCUGGAACAUGGCUCGUCGUAUUUUGCUUCGCUCACGCUCUCUACUGCGCGAGCGACGGCUGAAAAUGCGCGUGAUAACUACGUGCGACCGGUGGAGUGGCAAGAUGGCUGGUUUCCGUGGGCGCAUUGCAUGGUGAAUAUACGAAGU